UGCGGGAUUAGGGGUGGCUGCGGCUGGCACGCGGAGGGCAGCCUCGGGGAAUGGUGCGGCAGGGCAGGGCCUGCGGCGUGGGCGGGCUGGCUUCGCUGCGGCCCUGCGCCGGGUGCCGGCCGCUUCCAGCGGGAAGACUGCGGGGGCAGCUGAAGGGCGUCCCCCGCACUGCCGGCUGGCGUCAGCGUAGGGAUGAGACCCCUCCCCAUGCCUGGCCGGUGCCUGCUGCGUCGCUAGCGACGAGAGUACGACAAGGGUGCCAAGAGCCUGGGCUUGACUUGCAAUGAUUCUGGCCUGAAUUCUAGGAUGGUUCGUUCUUGGGACCAGACAUGACUAAGAGUUGACCUCAAGAACAUAUCACCCUCUCCAGCUGCCAUGCUUCUCCGGAGGCUGCGGCGACUCUCCUGGGGCAGCACUGCUGUCCAGCUCUUCAUACUAACUGUGGUAACGUUUGGCUUGCUGGCUCCCCUGGCCUGUCACCGGCUUUUGCACUCUUACUUCUAUCUGCGCAACUGGCAUCUGAACCAAAUGAGCCAAGAGUUCCUGCAGCAGAGCCUGAAGGAAGGGGAGGCUGCUCUCCACUACUUUGAGGAGCUGCCCUCUGCCAAUGGCUCAGUGCCCAUUGUCUGGCAGGCCACGCCCCGCCCCUGGCUGGUGAUCACCAUCAUCACUGUGGACAGGCAGCCUGGCUUCCACUACGUCUUACAGGUCGUGUCACAGUUCCACCGGCUCCUACAGCAGUGUGGCCCCCAGUGUGAGGGAUACCAGCUCUUCUUGUGCAAUGUGGAGCGCAGUGUGAGCCAUUUCGAUGCCAAAUUGCUCUCCAAGUAUGUACCUGUGGCCAACCGCUACGAGGGAACUGAGGAUGAUUAUGGUGAUGACCCUUCAACCAACUCAUUUGAGAAAGAAAAGCAAGACUAUGUAUAUUGUCUUGAAUCCUCACUGCAGACCUACAAUCCAGACUAUGUCCUGAUGGUGGAAGAUGAUGCUGUUCCAGAAGAGCAAAUAUUCCCAGUCUUGGAGCACCUGCUGCGGGCUCGCUUCUCUGAGCCACACCUCCAAGAUGCCCUGUAUCUUAAGCUCUAUCACCCCGAGAGGCUCCAGCAUUACAUCAACCCAGAGCCUAUGCGGAUCCUGGAGUGGGUCGGUGUGGGCAUGUUGCUGGGGCCCUUGUUAACCUGGAUAUACAUGAGGUUUGCCAGCCGCCCAGGCUUUAGCUGGCCUGUCCUGCUCUUCUUCUCACUGUAUAGUAUGGGACUGGUGGAACUGGUGGGCCGGCACUAUUUCCUUGAACUGCGGCGCCUGAGUCCUUCCUUGUACAGUGUGGUUCCUGCUUCUCAGUGUUGCACCCCAGCAAUGCUCUUCCCUGCACCUGCAGCCCGCCGAACCCUCACCUACCUGUCGCAAGUGUAUUGCCACAAGGGAUUUGGCAAGGACAUGGCACUGUACUCACUCUUGAGGGCCAAAGGAGAGCGGGCCUAUGUGGUAGAGCCCAAUCUGGUGAAGCACAUUGGGCUCUUCUCCAGCCUCCGGUACAAUUUUCAUCCCAGUCUGCUCUAGAGUGCCAAAAAAUGCCUUUCAGAAAGUGAUCAGUUCCUAGAGAUUCAAACAUUGAGUUCCUUAUUUGAUUGCUUGCAGCUAUUUUCAUGGUUUAAUGUUGCUAGGAAUAAAGGCACUGAGACAGCUGAGAAACAUGCAUUAAUCAACAUGGGCUUUGGUAAACCCCAGCAGGGCCAGCAGUUUGCUACAGGUCUGGACCUCUCUCCCGCCACACAGCCACACUGCCUCAUGCAGUCUGUCCCACCUAGCGGGAGUUCCUUUAAAUACCAGUUAUGUUCCCCAGUUAUUUGUAAGUUCUGCUUUGUGAGGAGCUUGUGACUCCCAAAAGUCUUGUGCACAGUGAAAAAUGAUUGUUUAGGAUUUUAAUGGUAGUAUUUGGUGAACAGUGAGAUCCUUUCGAAUGGAUUUCCUUCCAUUGGAUAUGAGAAUGAGUGUAUGUUUAGAAUGUAAGCCUAGAGAGGCAGGAUUAUGUUGGUAUAUUCCAUUUGUUUCCUUGACCUGGUGUAAUAAAAACUGUUAAAAGCCAUGAAGCAAGUGAUCUGGCUAGUUUAUGGCCUGGCAUUUUCUUUUCUCAUAUAUCUGUAGUCAGUAUUGUUAGUGAGCACUCUUACGUUAUAGCAGGAUCUGGAAGGACUUUCUGAAUCAUCAAAGUUCAAUUGCCUAUGUUCAAUAUGAUUUAAUAAUGAAUAUUUAUGCAAUAUAUGGAUUCUUUGACAGUUGGAUAUUUCAGAUGGAUUCAAAAUGGGUGAAUUGUUUAUUAGUAGCAUAUCCUUUUCCCUCACUUUGGUUUUUUUUUUCCUCUUUUCACUGUACCAUUUUUUUCUUCUCGUAGCAUGAUGGUAUAGAAGAAAAGGCAUGGGAUGUAAAAUCGUAAAACCCAAACCUUGUCAUUGAGGUCUCUUGUAUUCUAAUGAUAAGACUUUGAGAAAGUCAUAUAACCAGUCUGGGUCUCUGUUUCUUUGUCUGUAAAGUGAGGGUAGUAGUUGCUACCUUUUAAGUUAGGGUUGAGCAUAAAAUGAUAGAAUGGAUAUGAAACAUCUAGCAAAUGCUAAACCCAUCAAGGAUACUUGGCAGAGUUUUUUUUUCUAUCUCUUGAAAUGAGCAUACAGAACUCCAGUGCAUUUUGGGUAAAAACAUUAUUUAAAGUGUGACAUAGGACAACAAGCUAACACCUGGGUAGCAGCUGGCCCAGUCCAAACACUACUAGAAUAAAGGCUGACUUUUCCUUGUGUCUUCUGAAGGACAUGCAGCUCAGCUUUCACCUAGCCCCACCUCCCACCAUUCCAAAAUUAAAUUAUUCAUUCAGACUAGAAAUGAACUGAGACUCCCAUUGAACUCAUUCCAAGACUACCAUCUGAAAAUUACCAUUCUGAAAAGUUGCAAAUAAAUGUCCUUUGAUAACACUUAUUAAAAUUGUGUCCAGCAAGUCCUUUUAUGGAGAUGGAUGAUUAUGUGAGACAGUUCAAGCAGUUGUUUAGUUUGUUUUGAUGCCAUGUCUUUCAUUUGCUUUUAAACUUCCACAGUAAACUUCUGUUUUGAGAUCCAUUCAAGAACACUAAGGGAGAUGUAGGGACUGAUCUGCCAUACUGUACAGAUGAAUGAUUUGAGACCUAUAGAUGUGAAACAGGUUCACAGCUGAACAGCAACAGAGCCAGGUUGGAAACAUAGCUCUUCUUACUUUUAGCCCCUGUACUUUUUUCUGAACCACAUUUAUUUUUUAUGUGGCCAAAGUCUGGUUUGUAAAAAUCUUGAUUGUAAUCCAGACUAAAUAAUUUCUGUAAGCUAAAAUAGCAGAAACCCAUUACUCUGUUAGUCUUUAAGAAUAAAUGAUAGACGUGUAUAUGUUCUGUGUUUACAGUGAGCUGUUAGAUAUCCCUCAGCAAUGCCCAAAGUGAUCAGAGAUAUGAGAUGACUCAUUACAGAUACUCACAUUCUACUCUCCUUGCUCCUGGAAAUGGAUUCAAGCCCAAGUUUUAGAACUGAACCACUUCCAAUUUAGAUUUGCUAAAGUUGUUACAUAAUGAUUGGGUCUCCUUAUGAGAGGCUUUUGAUUAGUAACAGGAGAAUCAUGUUAAGCUAGCAGGCCCAAGAUAUGGAAUCACUGAUGUUUACAUUUCUGCUCUUUCUAAUUCAGUUGUCCACUACUUGCACAUUUUCCUUCCCUGGCUUAUCUAUUUAGUGCCUCAGGCCAUCCUUCCUUGUCUGUUUUCUCCACCUUCAUCUCAUGAUAUCUUUCCCCAUUGAUCUUAACUAAGGUCUGCCAUCCUUGGACAUUUUCUGCAAACAAACACAGGCUUAGUUCUGCCCUUUUAUCCCGAGCCACUUCUAGAUCCUUAGCCUUACACCAAAACUGAAGUCUCAUUUAGUCAGGAGCAAGAGCCUAAACUGAGAUACCCCUCCUAUAUCAAGAGUUAUCAGGAGGGUGGAGAUCUCAAAAUCUUUCCCCUUCUCAAAGUUCCUUGUUGUGAUUGAGUGUAUUUGCAUAGAUAUGCCAGUUGAAAUAAAAGUACAUGUUCUAUCAAGG